AUAGAUGGCAAGGAAUGUAGAAUGUACGUGAAAUGCGUCAUUAUUUCACAAUAAUUUGAAAAGCACAAAUAACCAAAGUUAUUUUAAACAAAACUUAUUCGUUAAACGUUACCAAUGGAAAGUGGAUCGGAAUUAUGUGCAGAAAGUUUGAAAAACUUGGUGAAUAAAAAUGAACAAACUUGUUCUUUAAAUUCAACAGACAUUAUUGAGAGUGUUGGCGCGAAGUGCAACAAAGAACUUUGCGUGAAAAUGAUUUCAGAAAUUAAUGAAAGUUCAAGCAAUACCGAUAUGAUAAGAGAUGUCAGUAAAACGGAUGUUUUACGUAAACGAGAUGCUGUUAGUGUAGAUCACACAACAUCGAAACGUCGCAAGCUCUCUGAAGAAGAAAUACCAGUAGUAACAUCAAAGGAUAAUGCAGAAUCUCAACCAACACCUAGCCAAGUUCAAAAUGAAAAAGCAGCAGAGAGUAUUAUUAACAUUAACACGCCAGAAGCACAAAAUCAGGAGGAGAACAACUUGGUAGUACAAGUAAAAGUGGAGUGUACGACCGAAAGCGACGAAGAAAAUUUAACUAACAUUCCUUCUGAUUCUGGUAGUUCUAAUCCGAUUGAUAUAAAACCAGCUGUUAAGGUAGAAAAAGCGGACGCUAGUUCCACUUCACGGGAGUCUUGUCGAUUUGGCAUCCGUUGCUAUAGACGAAAUCCAAUGCAUCGUUUAGAAGAAGCUCACCCAGGCGAUCAUGACUACAGGAGACCUAAAUACCCACCGCCUCCUAAAGGAACACCUGAUUGCCCUUACCGUGAUCAAUGUUAUCGCCGAAAUCCAAUACAUUUUGAGCAGUUCAGUCAUCCCCCAGAAACUGAUUUUGAGCAAAAUUACAAAAACUAUCGACUACGGCAAAGACGUCGACAGCAACAGCGAGACGAUAAUACAAUUGAAUUGGGUGAUGAUAAUGAAUCUGAGGAUCCUUUCAAUGACGACGAAGCAUUCGAUUCGGAUUAUGAGCCGAAUAGUGACGAGGACGAUGAAGAGGAUUAUGAUGCUUGUGACAGAGCUGAAGAAUGAUGAAUACCUAGUUGUUAGUGAUAUAAUUUGUAACUGAGUGUGUGUAAAUGGCGUGACAAAUAUUCAUUGGAAGUAUUUACAAUUGUAAAACGAUGUUUUGUAAAUACAUAAAUUUAUAAGUAUAAUAUAUAGUAAAUCCGAAUUGGUUAUUGCAAUUAAUCACCCAAGAAGAGAAGUUGCGAUAUAGAUAUGUAUGUAAAUGACAAAAUUUUUUAAUUUUCCAGAUUUUAUCUAUAUUAAUUCAGAAAUAAUGUGCGACUCUUUUAUUGUUACAAUACAAUUUUUUUUAAUAAAAUCCUUCAUCCAAAUCUUCA